CGUUUAAAAAUUUCUUCUCCGCGCAGAUUUCAGACAUUCUUUCGAUUUUUCUCCGGCAACCAAAGAAGCAAGCAGAAAAGGGUACCUUCGUUCUUUCCCUCUUUCUUUAUAUACACCUAGAUAUGCUCGUUAGAGAAGUACUAUUGAAUAAUUUCUACAGUGAAAGCACCAUCAUACACAGGUUUUUCCACAGAAAAGAACCCAACAGACAUCAAAAUCAUAGCUUUACCAGAAACCCACUUCGUUUCUUUUGUUGAAGUUAAUUUAUAACCUUACUCACCUAUAUUGAUUGGUUCUUUUUCAAGAUUCAAAUAAGGGAUUUGUUUGUUGUUUUGGGUUGGUUUCAGUUUUGUUGUUCAAAACACUGUAUUUUACUUUUAGAGGAAAAUGGGUGACUCUGUUGCUAGGAAAAUUCGGAAUAUAUGUAUACUGGCUCAUGUUGAUCAUGGUAAAACUACUCUUGCUGACCAUCUCAUUGCCGCCACGGGUGGUGGUGUGCUUCAUCCUAAGUUAGCUGGGAAACUUAGAUUUAUGGAUUAUCUUGAUGAAGAACAAAGGAGGGCUAUAACAAUGAAGAGUUCUUCCAUUGCUCUUCACUACAAAGAUUAUGCUAUUAACCUCAUAGACUCCCCUGGUCAUAUGGAUUUCUGUAGUGAGGUGUCUACUGCUGCUCGAUUGAGUGAUGGUGCAUUAGUUUUGGUUGAUGCUGUUGAGGGUGUCCAUAUUCAAACGCAUGCUGUACUGCGUCAGGCUUGGAUUGAGAAGGUUACACCUUGUUUAGUGCUUAACAAGAUUGAUAGGUUGAUUUGUGAGUUAAGGUUGAGUCCAGCAGAAGCGUAUAACAGGUUAUUGAGGAUAGUUCAUGAGGUCAAUGGGAUUAUGAGUGCGUAUAAGUCGGAAAAAUAUUUAUCUGAUGUUGAUUCAAUUCUUGCUGGACCUACUAGUGGGGUAGGUGAUGAAAAUAUUGAGUUUAUAGAGGAUGAUGAGGAGGACACUUUUCAACCCCAGAAGGGGAAUGUUGCAUUUGUGUGUGCGUUGGAUGGGUGGGGGUUUGGGAUUCAUGAGUUUGCCGAAUUUUAUGCUUCAAAGCUUGGAGCUAGUGCAGUGGCACUUCAGAAGGCUUUGUGGGGACCUCGGUAUUUUAAUUCAAAAACCAAGAUGAUUGUGGGAAAAAAGGGAUUGGGUGGAGCUAGUAAGGCUCGACCUAUGUUUGUACAGUUUGUUCUUGAGCCACUUUGGCAGGUUUACCAAGCUGCUCUGGAGCCUGAUGGGGAUAAAGCAGUGCUUGAAAAAGUGGUUAAGUCAUUUAAUUUGUCCGUACCACAUCGUGAUCUGCAGAAUAAGGAUCCAAAAGUUUUGCUUCAAGCUGUCAUGAGCAGGUGGCUUCCUCUGUCAGAUACAAUCUUAUCAAUGGUGGUUAAGUGCAUGCCAGAUCCUAUUGCAGCCCAAUCUUUUAGAAUUUCACGUUUGCUUCCUAAAAGAGAAAUUAUAAAUAAAGUGAUUGACCCUAACCUGCUAGCAGAGGCAGAUCAUGUGAGAAAAUCUAUUGAAGCUUGUGAUUCUAAUCCUGGAGCACCUUGUGUUGCUUUUGUGUCCAAGAUGUUUGCUGUGCCAAUGAAGAUGCUGCCUCAACGUGGUCCAUGUGGUGAGAUUUUGAGCAAUUUCACUGAUGAAGGUGGGAAUGGGGAAUCAGAUGAGUGCUUCCUUGCAUUUGCUAGGAUCUUUAGUGGCAUUCUUUCAUCAGGACAGAAAGUUUUUGUGCUUUCAGCUCUCUAUGAUCCCUUGAGAGGAGAAUCCAUGCAGAAGCAUAUACAGGAAGCAGAGUUGCAUUCCUUAUAUCUGAUGAUGGGUCAAGGUCUAAAACCAGUGGCCUCUGCAAAAGCAGGGAAUAUUGUGGCAAUUCGAGGACUUGGCCAGCAUAUUUUAAAAACUGCCACUCUUUCAUCCACAAGAAACAGUUGGCCUUUCUCAAGUAUGGCAUUCCAGGUUGCCCCCACCCUGAGGGUUGCAAUUGAGCCAUCUGAUCCAGCAGAUAUUGGUGCUCUGAUGAAAGGACUGAGGCUUCUUAACCGAGCAGAUCCCUUUGUGGAGGUCACUGUUUCAUCUAGAGGGGAACAUGUCCUAGCUGCCGCUGGGGAAGUUCAUCUUGAAAGAUGCAUAAAAGAUUUGAAGGAUAGAUUUGCAAAGGUGAGUUUGGAAGUCUCCCCACCUCUUGUAUCCUAUAAAGAGACCAGUGAAGGCAACUUAUCAAAUCCAUUAGAGAAUCUGAAACAGUUAAGUAGUAGCUCAGAUUAUGUUGAGAAGAUCACACCAAAUGGGCGAUGUACCAUCCGAGUUGAAGUCAUGAAACUUCCCCCUACAUUAACUAAGGUGCUUGAUGAAAGUGCUGAUUUGCUUGGAAAUAUUAUUGGAGGUAAGCUGGAGCAGAGUAGUAAAAGCUUAGAAAUACAGGCAUCAAGUGUCGGAGAAGAUGAGAAUCCAAAAGAUACUCUUAGAAAACGCAUGGUUGACGCUGUGGAGGUUGAUAUGGUGUCUGGAAAUGAAAAUGACAAGGAUAGGGCUGAGAAAUGCAAGGCCAAGUGGCUCAAGUUGCUUAGCAGGAUCUGGGCACUUGGUCCAAGACAGGUUGGUCCAAACAUUCUCUUGGUUCCAGAUUACAAAAGAAACAAUAGUGAGUGUUCUGUUCUUUUACGGGGUUCCCCUUAUGUUUCUGUGAGAUUGGGCUUUGCGGAAAAUUCCAGUUCUGGUGACUUGGCUGCUGAUACAUCUUCAGAAGUAAUUGAAUCAUUGUAUAAGGAAGCAGAGAGCCUUGAAAGCAGUGUGUUAUCUGGUUUUCAACUUGCUGCUGCAGCUGGCCCCUUAUGUGAGGAACCAAUGUGGGGUUUGGCUUUUGUCAUUGAAGCAUAUAUUUCUCCUUUGACUGCACAGCCUGAGGAGUCAGAAGUUAUGCAACAAUCUGAGCAGUAUGGCCUUUUCACUGGACAGGUUAUGACAGCUGUCAAGGAUGCCUGUAGAGCAGCUGUACUUCAGAGAAAACCCCGACUUGUAGAAGCUAUGUAUUUUUGUGAGUUGAAUACUCCAACUGAAUAUCUUGGCUCUAUGUAUGCUGUGCUUUCUCGGAGGCGAGCCAGAGUUUUGAAGGAAGAAAUGCAGGAAGGCUCUCCACUUUUUACCGUGCAUGCCUAUGUGCCCGUUUCUGAGAGUUUUGGUUUUGCUGAUGAGCUGAGGAGAUGGACAUCAGGUGCAGCUAGUGCGCUUCUUGUACUUAGCCACUGGGAAGCACUAUCUGAGGACCCUUUCUUUGUACCCAAAACAGAAGAGGAGAUAGAAGAAUUUGGAGAUGGUUCUAGUGUUCUUCCUAAUACAGCAAGAAAACUGAUUGAUGCUGUGAGGCGGAGGAAGGGUCUCCCUGUGGAAGAAAAAGUAGUUCAGCAUGCAACAAAGCAAAGGACACUUGCACGUAAAGUGUAAAAGUUGUUUAUUGUUUUUAUUAUUUUCCAUAAUGGAAAUAUUACGGCAAAACAGCUUUUAGACUAUACAUCAAUGAUAUAGUUAAUAUUAACAUGGAUUAUUUUCUAAUGUUGAUCUAUUUAUGGAUUCAUUUUUGUUGUAAACUGUAGCAUAUGGCCGUCAUUAUUUAUUUCUUUCCUUGUAAUUGUGGCUUUUGUGCUUUUUCUUUCGAACUGGUUUUGUGAUACAGUUGGUAUAUCUUCCUCUUCAAUAAGGUUUAGCUUUCCUUGUUGGAAAGUAUAACAUCCUUUACAUUGGCAUCUCAGGUUUACUUGUUAUUGCUUCUGCUGAUCAAAGAGAAACUUUGUUUUGCUUGAUCUCAUAAAGUUUUCUGUACUAGUAAAUUUAUGAUGCAAUCUGCCUUUGUUCUAUAUAUAAGUCUAGCUUUCUUCUAUAUCAUUGUGAGAGUAUUAAACAUUUUAUUAUGUA